CGAGGCGAUUUAUGCAAGUAUUCUGCCGUACCUAUACCUCACCGCCUUUCUCACCGCUCACGUGACGACAGGCAAGUUGAAUCGUCACAUCUUGUUCUGCCUCCUCUAAGGCCUCCAGCCCCCAUUCAUCAUCUCUAUGAGCCCUAUCCACUGCCCGUGCCUGGUCCCCCCGGGGACAACCUAUGGUGGUAUCUGCUAGGAACUGCAGCAGGGCUCGUGAGGCUUUGGGGUUCCCAAACAGCCUUCCUUCUGGGUACUCCUCUGCCAUUGUUGGUCUGGCAAUCCCAGUCUUAG